AUGGCGUGGGAAGAUGGCAGGGGUUUCUAUAUAUGGCUGUUGCAAUUUAUAUGCCUCUUAGGCCUUCUUGUUCUUGGCCUAUGGCUAUCCUUGCGACCGAAUAACCCCUCCUUCUCCAUCACGUUAGUCUCCAUAGAUUGUCUAUCAGAUCAAAACGACACAAUCUUUUAUACCCUUGAAAUCGAUAACCCAAACAAGGACUCAAGCAUUUACUAUGACGACAUAAUAUUGAGUUUCCUAUUCGGGCAGCCAGAAGACAAAGUGGGAGAGACAACUAUAGGUUCAUUUCAUCAAGGAACCAAUAAGAACCGCAUUGUAUCUGGCGUUAUUACUGGCAAACCUGGACCAUUCAAACCUCUCUUCAAGGCCAUAUCAAACGCAACCGCAGAGUUGAAGGCUUCCCUUAUGACAAGAUAUCGAUGCAAGACAUGGGGAAUUAAAAGCAAGUUUCAUAAAUUACACUUGAAUGGUAUUCUGCCAAUUGAUUCUGAUGGUAAGCUUUCACGUAAAAAGAAAAAGUACCCACUUAGUCGUAAUUCCAAAAAAUUGGGAAGGUCCAAAGUAAAGAAGCACUGA